AUGGAUAAGUACUCGGAGCUGGGGCUGGAGGCCUCCAAGUUCAUGGAGGACCUGAACAUGUUCGAGGCCUCUCGGGACGGACUCUUCCGGACGCGGAGAGACGCAGGAAACAACCCGGACUUUGAGGAGACUAGAAAAGUUUUUGCCUCCAAAAUGACAAGGAUCCACCUCCUGCAGCAGGAGGAGCAGAGGAGCAGCCACCUCCUGAAGCAGGAGGAGCAGAGGAGCAGCUGGGGACUGUACUCCCACAGACCUCCCAUCAGCUCCGUUAGAGCCGCGGGGGAGGCGGCCGCGAAGCCUCCUCUGCUGUCCGCCCCUGGGCACCUCCAGGAGCCACUCCGACACAGCUACGGGAGCACUGGGGGGCCCUACGGGGAGUCGGGAGGCCCCUACAGGGUGGCAGGGGGCCCCUACAGGGAGGCGGGGGGCCCCUACAGGGAGGCAGGAGGCCCCACAGAUGCUCUCUCCCUCGUGAGCAACACAGGGACCAGGGACCUCAGUGGAGUCAGAGCGGAGCCCCUCCCGUCCUCCCCCGGGGACCUCCCCUCCAUCUCCCCGCAGUACACACUCCCCGCGGCCCUGGGACCCUCGGUGGGGCCCUCGGUGGAGAGACUCGCUCUGACGGCGGCUGCUCCUGCCGUGAAAAGCCAAAGUGUGACAUCACAUCACGUGCCUUAUGAAGCUGUCACAGCCGCACGCGUGGCACCAGGCCCCGGAGCAGAGCAGGGGCCUCAUCGGGGACCUCCACAGGGGCCUCCACAGGGACCUCCACAGGGGCCUCCACAGGGGCCUCCACAGGGACCUCAUCGGGGACCCUCAGCUGUGGAUCUGAAGCUGGAGCGCCUGGACACGGACACCAAGGACUACUUUGGUGUGUGUGUGUGUUGCCAGGCCCUGGUGCUGGGACCAGGUGAGGCGUGUCAAGCCAUGGGACGUCUGUACCACGACAGCUGCUUCACUUGCAGCGCCUGCAGUCGCAGGCUCAGAGGUAAAGCCUUCUAUUACGUUGGGGGAAAGGUUUUUUGUGAAGAAGACUUUUUGUACUCGGGCUUCCAACAGUCUGCAGAGAAGUGCAAUGCUUGUGGACAUCUAAUCAUGGACAUGAUCCUGCAGGCGCUGGGACAGUCGUAUCAUCCUGGAUGUUUCCGAUGUGUGAUCUGCAACGACAGUCUGGACGGUGUUCCCUUCACUGUGGACGCGGACAACAGGAUCUACUGCAUCAGGGACUACCACAGAGUCCUGGCUCCAAAGUGUGCAGCAUGUGAUCAGCCCAUUCUCCCCACUGAGGGCUCAGAUGAGACCAUAAGAGUCGUUUCUAUGGACAAAGAUUAUCAUGUGGAGUGUUAUCACUGUGAGGAGUGUGAGAUGGAGCUGAGUGAUGAAGAGGGUCGCCGCUGUUUCCCUCUGAAUGGACACCUGCUCUGCCACAGCUGCCACCUGAGGCACCUGGACCCCAGGGACCAGAGGGACCAGAGAAACCAAAACAUCAUCAACGGCCAGCAGGUGGAGCAGGUGGAACAGGUGGAGCAGGGGGAGCAGGUGGAGCAAGUGGAACAGGUGGAGCAGCUGGAGCAGGUGGAACAGGGGGAGCAAGUGGAACAGGUGGAGCAGGUGGAGCAGGGGGAGCAGGUGGAACAGGGGGAGCAGGUGGAACAGGUGGAGCAGGGGGAGCAGGUGGAACAGGGGGAGCAGGUGGAACAGGUGGAGCAGGUGGAGCAGCUGGGCUGUUUUAAAUACCUUGGGACAGAAAUAGACAGCAGCUUGUCCUUCAGACACAAUGCAGACUUUUAA